UACAGAGUUUGUGUAAAAUGGCACCGCACAGAGAUAUUGGUUGGGAUCAUGCUACUCCUAUCAGCAAUGAUAGAAAACAAGCAAAAUGCAAUUAUUGUGGUAAAAUUGUUCACGGCGGAAUUACUAGGAUGAAACAACAUAUAGCACAUGUUACAGGUCAAGUUGAAGCAUGCACGAGAGCUCCAAAAGAAAUAAGAGAGUUAUUAAAAAAACACUUGAUCCAAGGAAAAAGUAUGCGAGCAGCACAUAAAAAAAAGUUAGAAGCAUUGCAAAAUUCCAUUCGUUUGGAAGAUGAUUCUGAUGAGGAAGAAGAUGAAGUUUUUGAAAUAAAUGAAGAUGAGAUAGAUGCUCUUGAAAGAAAACACUUAAAAAGAGCAAUGGCUGAAAGCAGAAAUAUGGAAUUUAUGGAGCAGCAGCGUAGACAUUCUGUUUCCGGAGAUCUACCAAGCUUGAAUUUUAAAGCCGGAGGAAGCAGCUCGAAUACAAAAGGAAGUAAAAGAAAUUUUUUCGAAAGCUCUAUGAAAAAGACAGAAGCUUAUUUUUUAAAUCCUGGUCUUCAAUACUCCGGCACUUGUGAAUUUGAUUCAUCGGAGGUUCGAAAAGGAGUAAAAGAAGUUAUCAAAAGACUCGAGCCAGAUUUGGAUAUACAAGUAAAGGCUAUGAAUGAGAUAAACAUAUUUGUUAACAAAAUUGGAGAGUUUGGAAGUGCACUUGCUAUUAGAGUUGUAUCUACAUCUUUACCAGCUGACUGGUGGAAUAUGUACGGUGAUGAAGCUCCUAAUUUAAGAAAAAUUGCAUUAAAAGUUUUGAGUCAAACUUGCACAUCAUCGGGUUGUGAGCGGAAUUGGAGUACGUGGGCUUUGAUCCAUACUAAACUUCGGAAUAGAUUAGCUAUUGAGAAACUGCAUAAGCUAGUCUAUGUCCACUACAACAUGCGUCUUCGGAUGAAUGGGUUAGAGAAAAUGAAUCUCCACUUAUUCGUGAUAGUGAUUUGA